AGAGGAUGAUUUGGAAGUGGCUGGGAGCUCUGCUGCUUUUCCCCGUGCAGAUGGUUUACCUGGUGGUGAAAGCUGCUGUGUGCAUGGUGCUGCCACCCAAGCUCCGGGACCUGUCCGGGGAGAACGUGCUGGUUACCGGCGGCGGCAGAGGCAUCGGCCGGCAUCUGGCCAGGGAGUUCGCGAAGCGAGGAGCCAGGAAGAUCAUCCUGUGGGGUCGAACUGAGAAAUGCCUGAAGGAGACCACAGAGGAAAUCAGGAUGAUGGGGACAGAAUGCCAUUUUUUCAUCUGUGAUGUAGGAAAUCGAGAGGAGGUCUAUCGGCAGGCCAAGGCUGUGCGGGAGAAGGUGGGUGAUAUCACCAUCCUGGUAAACAAUGCUGCUGUGGUCCAUGGGAAGAGUCUGAUGGACAGCGAUGAUGAUGCACUGCUCAAAUCACAACAUAUAAACACCCUGGGACAGUUCUGGACCACCAAAGCAUUCCUGCCAAGGAUGCUGGAGUUGCAGAAAGGACACAUUGUUUGCCUGAACUCUGUCCUGGCCUUGUCAGCUAUCCCUGGUGCCAUUGACUAUUGCACCUCCAAAGCCUCAUCCUUUGCCUUUAUGGAGAGCCUGACCUUAGGGCUGCUCGACUGCCCUGGAGUGAAUGCCACAACAGUCCUGCCCUUCCACACCAGCACAGAGAUGUUUCAGGGCAUGAGAAUCAGGUUCCCUAAUCUUUUUCCUCCUCUCAAGCCAGAGACAGUGGCUAGGAGGACAGUAGAAGCAGUUCAGAUGAAUCAAGCCUUCCUGCUCCUUCCGUGGACAAUGCAUGUUCUUGUCAUCCUAAAGAGCAUUCUCCCUCAGGCAGCACUUGAAGAAAUCCACAAGUUUUCUGGGAGCUACACCUGCAUGAACACUUUCAAAGGACGAACAUAGACUUGGUGGUGCAAGGACUGUUCUUCUGUGGAACCAGCACAAGCAUGAAAAUCCUGACAAGGCUGUGAAUCAGCAGUCUUGGCUUUCAGCCUGUUCAUGUGACUUGAGCUGCUCUGAGGCAACACAUUUCUUGCAGGUCAUAUCCAUAGUAACAUGACCUUUGCACAGGAUUGAAUGACUAGACUAUGGACCCUUGGAAAGAAAAACAAAAAGUGUGAAAUGUUUAUAUGAUGGUUAAUUCUUUAGAGUUCAAUUGUUAAAUCUACUCAUAGUUUUAAGAUGUAAUUUUUGUUCCUGAAGUGUCUGUAGGCUGUCUCAGCACAUCACACCCCAUGCAUUCUUUCUCCCCUCUUCAGAGGAACUGCAAUUACAAACUGCUUCUGGUUUCAUUUCAGCUUUUUGAAUGGGGAACUUUAAAAAUAGUUUGAAGAACUAAAAGUUAUGGACAUUUAAUGGAAGUUUCCUUCCCUUCCUUCACUUUACAUCCCUUGAUGAAGCUGUUCCCAAGUCACAUUAGGGAAGGAACAAACUGUGGGGCAAUGUUUUCUUUGGUAAGGGCCACCCAGGACUUCUGUCUGGAAGGACUGUGCUGGGCUCAGGAAAGCUGUCUUAACCUGAGAAGGCUGGAGGGGAAUGCUCAGUCAAAAGAGCAGACAGUUUGAAUAGUGGAAGAUUCUUUCUGUCACUGAACUCAUCUAUGAAAUUUGUCUUUCAAUCUCUGUUCAUUUAUGAUAAAAUACAUAUAUAUUUUCAGCUUUAAUCCCAGAUUGCCACACAUGUAGGCAGCAUCACGCUGGGGAGGAACUAAAUCUAGAACUAAAACUAGAGCCUGUUUAUACAAACAUAUAUUCACUGACAUAAUCCAUGCAGAAGGAAAUCCAUUGUUUGAAUCUGCACAGUGAAGUAAGUGGAAUAAUGCUCUAAAAACAAAAGAGACAGUACUUUAGUCCUUAUGAAAUAUGACGUUUGGAAGCACAGUUAGCAAAGACCUGAUUAAAUGCACAUUGA